CCUCCAACAGAUUAUUAAAGGUAGGUGGAAAUUUUAUUUAGAGCAUGAUGAACCCAGCCGUUAGCAGGAAGGCGGCACAACAACGUCAGCGGCGCACCUACAGAGUGAGAAGAGAUAUUUUCGCUGAGUACGACGAUGCUGAGUUACUGAAAAGAUUCAGAUUGGACCGUGCUGGUAUUGUUGCAGUGACUGAUAUAGUGAGAGACAAGCUGCAAAGUAAAACUGAAAGAAAUAGAGCCUUGACCCCUGAGAUGGUGGCCAUCACAUUACGAUAUUUAGCCACAGGAAAAAUGCAACAGUGCAGUUGUGAUGAUUUUGGAACAACGCAGCCCACUAUCAGCCGUGCAAUAUCACAGACAAUUGAUGCACUGGCUGACCCAGAAGUAAUCUGGCAGUUCGUGGCUUUCCCUCACACCCAGCGUGAAGUGCAGCAAAAACAGGCAGAGUUCAUGCAAGUAACUCAGUUUCCCGGUGUUGUGGGAGUGAUUGAUGGUACUCAUAUAAGAAUUGUGUCUCCUCAUGUCGAUGAACAUGUAUAUGUGAACAGGAAACGCUAUCACAGCAUAAAUGUGCAAGUAGUAUUUGAUGCUCACUAUAAGAUUCUUGACAUUGUGGCAAGGUGGCCUGGCUCAGUCAACGAUGCAAGAAUACUAGAUAAGUCAGCACUCAAACUGAUGUUUGAGGAACAACAUGUACCUGCAGGAUGCUACCUUCCCGGGGACAGUGGCUAUCCCUGUAAGCAGUGGCUCCUCACUCCUUACCUUCGCCCUCAAACUGUUGCACAAGCUAAUUAUAACAGUUCCAGUACCUUACGAUGCAGCCGAGGGGACUGACGCCACCACCACCACUGCCACCACCGCCACAACAAGGGUUAUUCAAAUGGGGAACAUGCUUCAGGUGUUGCCCCAAGAUGCCUCAGCCCCGCAGCCCCACUUCCCCAUGAUAGUGCAGGCAGGGAAUGUCAUACAGGUUGUUCCAGCUGACAACACGCAGGUAUUAGGGGCAGAAGUCGUUGGAGUUGGUCGGGUCAUGCAAGUGGUCGGAGUCCCAGGCUUUCCCCCGACCCCAGCCCCAGACCCCUGCCCCAGCCACCCCUCUCCCUGUGACCCCUGCCCAGUCAUCCCUCACCCCCUCCUGCCCCCCUGCGGUGCUGCCAGCGGGGGUGAUGGGAGGUGGAGGUGGGCCACACACACCUGGGUUAGCUGUGGCUUGGCUUAUCUCCCUCCUCAGCAGCAAAUCCCGAGGAUCAACGAGGACAUGGUGGACCCAGAGAUUGCAGCAGCAGCAAGAGAGAGAGAGAGAAGCAAGAGAGGAGGGAGAGGAAGGAGAGGAGGAGGAGAGAGAGGGAGGCCAGGAGGGAGGCACGUCAGAGAGAGAGGGAGAGGAAGAGGUUGAUUCUGUUACAACAACAACUGCAACAACAACAACAGUUAGUCAGUGAGGAGGGGGAGGGGCCGUCCUCUGAUGCUGAGGAUGAGGUAUUGUUCAGGGAGGCCAUGUCGGAGGUGCCGGUGGUGGGGUCGCCAGUUCCGGAGUACGAGGUGGAGGAGGAAAAGGAAGAGGAGGACGAGGAGGAGGCACGGAUAAGGAAGAAGAAAAGAUUAUUACCUGUAGCCCUCCCUCCAGCUGAUAAGGGGAUAUUAAGGAGCCCUUCCUACAGGUUCGUUCGAUGCAAGGAGUUGGCACAGGAGGCGUCCGAGGCUGUGUAGAGCGGCCGUCUGAACCUGGUGCCACAGCUUACUAUGUUCAACAGGUGCGUGUGUGUGUGUGUGUGUGUGUGUGUGUGUGUGUGUGUGUGUGUGUGUGUGUGUGUGUUUUGUGUGGUCAUUUCACUAUCUAUCUAUCUGUUUAGUUUGUCUCCAUCUGUCUGUCUUUCUGUCAUUGGUCUGUCUGUCUGUCUGUGUAUUGCAAUGAUUUUUCAGUUAUGUAUUUUAUUUUUUAUUCUUGUGUACUUGUGUCUGUCUGUAUGUAUGUAUGUAUCAGUCAGUGAGUCAGUCAGUCAGUCACUCAGUUAGUCAGUCAUUCAGUCAGUCAGUUAGUCAGUCAUUCAGUCAGUUAGUGAGUUAGUCAGUUAGUCAGUCUGUCAGUCACUCACACAGUGUUAAUCCUCCUCUUCCUCCUCCUCCUCCUCCUCCUCCUCCUCCUCCUCCUCCUCCUCCUCCUCCUCCUCCUCCUCCUCCUCCUCCUCCUCCUCCUCCUCCUCCUCGUCCACCUCCUCCUCCUCCUCCUCCUCCUCCUCCUCCUCCUCCUCCUCCUCCUCCUCCUCCUCCUCCUCCUCCUCCUGUUCCCCACCACCCCUGCCAAGAGGUGAGUGUAUGUACGUGUGUGUGUGUGUGUGUGUGUGUGUGUGUGUGUGUAGUAAUAAUAGUAAUGCUAUGUACAUAUAUAAAUACUGUUAAUAUUAUUGAUAAAAAAUAUUGAUGAUGAUGAUGAUGAUGAUUCAGUGGUGAUUAUGAAAAUGUGCAUUACAAUAUAGGGUAGAUAUUAUUGUUAUUACCUGUGUGUGUGUGUGUGUGUGUGUGUGUGUGUGUGUGUGUGUGUGUGUGUGUGUGUGUGUGUGUGUGUAUGUGUGUGUGUGAGGAAUAAUUGAAUAAUUGAAUAAUUGAUGCUCUCUCCUUUGCUAUUCAUUAUAUACAUGGACAGAUGCCUGAAGGAAGUGUGUGUAAGGGAGGAUAAAGAGAUCAUGCUGGCCUAUGCAGACGAUGUCGCUGUCGUGACAGGAAGCCAACAAGAUCUUCAAGAGGCCAUGACAAGAUGGAAUGAUGUUUUAAAUAGGGAAGGAAUGAGAAUGAACAAACAAAAAACUUAUUUACUAGUGGACAAGCAACAAGUGAUGGUGUGGCUCUGAGCCACUGUAGUAGGGAUGUUAUGGUUUAAGUGUAGGAAGUUGCAAAUGCUCACCUAACAAUUGCACCUUAGUAGAAAAACACAAACAGGAAGUUUAUGCAAGUUUUUAUCCUUAUAUAAAAUGUUGUAUUGCAUCAAACCUCCAUACAUUACUGUCUCUAUCCAGUAUGAGACCGGUGUUCAGGAAGCACAAGCAUGUGCUGAAUAACAAGAAGCCGGCAUUGGUGAAGGUGACAACAUUUCAUCUAUUUAUACAUACUUUUUAUUAUUAAAGCUUAUCUUAUAAUUAUUUCUGAAGAGAUUGACUAAUUUUUGUAGUAUUUAUGACUUAGAACUACGAGUAUGAUAAAGCUAUGAAUUGAUAUAAUUCCUGAUUUGUUUUAUCUUUUCAUUAUCCUUCCUUUGUUAAUUGAGCAUUUUAUAUUACUUAGCUUAAAAAUGCAAGAACGGUUCAGAAGUAUCCAACCUUGGGCUAAGGGCCAAAAUUAUGGUAUCAUUCAAAAUGUCCUUCAAAGAAAGCCCUCUGUAAUCCAACACACUUAGCCCAUUAAUCCUUCCAUUUCUCAUCAAUUUGUUCAACAUUCAUAUUUUUCCCUUAUAGGGUUGAACAAUUUUCAUGGGUUCAGAGCAAAAGGCUUCCUCAUUCCUCCCCAAGGUAUUCUCGGAUGGUAAGCAGGUUUGACUCUGGAGCAAACCUGACCAAGGGCUACUGCCCAAGGCUACAGAGGUUCCUCUCCCUGAGGCUGAAUGCACCAUGUGAGAUGGUUCUGUUAUGUGGAUGAAUGUCAUGGUGGAUAGCAGUGCCACCACAUUCCUACAAUCAUCCAUCACUCCACUGCUCAAACGCUUCUGCAACCAAUGAUAGGUAUGCUGCCACAUUCUGCAUGGUCUCCUUGGCUCUCAGAUAAGGAUACUGUCAACAGGUUUGGGAUUGCCAAAAAAUCAUAAGGAGCUAUGUCUGAAAAGUCCAGAGAGAGAGAGAGAGAGAAAGAAUGAGCAAGAGAAAGAGUAGGAUGAAGCAAAGGAAGAGUCAAGAGGGAGGAAGAGAGAGUAGGACAAGAAAAAACAGAACAAAUAAAUCCCCUACACGUCUUGUCUCCAUUCACACAAGCCAUGAAAAGCUUGUCCAUCCCUGAGUGCUCAGAAGCAGUGUUCCACUGAUGAUGUGGAAACUUGAGACACCCAAUCAUUUAAUGGGCUUUAGUAGGUUUUGUCACCAGUCUUCUGUGUGUCACUGACUACAUUUUGAAAUUUUUAUCUGUUCUAUUUAAUUUUGUGUGUAUGUACACAAUGUUUAUGGUCAAUAAACUAUUUAUAAAACUAUUUAUCUGUGUGAGUAAGAUAAAAGCAGUUAUUGUUAUUAUUAUUAUUAUUAUUAUUAUUAUUAUUAUUAUUAUUACACAUUUUCCUCCUUGUAUUUAAAUAUUAUUAUUAUUAUUAUUAUUAUUAUUAUUAUUAUCAUGAAUUGUUCUUGUUUAUAAAUAAAAUACUGUAACUGA